AUAGAGUAGUCGUAUUUUACCGUGGAAGCUAACAACAUGCUUAUUUUACUGAUCGCCAGUUUGGCACUUGUCUUCUACGUCUGGCAGAGACGUACUUAUAGUUACUGGCAACGACAUGGAAUCAAAUCUAUCAAACCAGUGCCAAUAUUGGGAAAUUUACGUACUUUCCUCACUGGAAAAGUUCCGUUCUUCGAGCAGAUCAGUUUACUCCAUAAUACUCCAGGCUAUGAAAAGGAACCUUUAAUUGGAGUGUAUUUGCUACGCGGUCCAGGUGUAAUUGUUCGUGAUCUCGAGCUGAUAAAAACUGUGAUGAUCAAGAAGUUCAACUAUUUUGUGAAUCGCGCAUUGAGUACUGAUCCACAUCGCGAUCCAAUUGGAUACAAUAAUAUGUUUAUCGUUCGCAAUCCGGAAUGGAAGAUGAUCAGGAAUAAACUCUCGCCAGUGUUUACCAGUGGCAAGAUCAAACAAAUGUAUCCCCUGAUGGUAGAAAUUGGCAAGGAUCUCGAGUUGACCUUGGAAAAAGUGCCCGUUGAUUCUGCGAUACGCAUUAAGGAUACUUGUGCGCGAUUUACAACCGAUCUUAUAGCUACAACAGCUUUUGGAGUCAAGGCCAAUUCCCUGAAGAAUAUUAAGAGCGAGUUCUUUAAACAUAAUGUGGCAAUAUUUGAAAUCAGUUGGCUGCGUGCUCUGGAUAUCGGCAUUAUCUUUCUGCUGCCCGCAUUGGCCUCUCUGGCUCGUGUUAAGUUCUUCUCGAAGAAAUCUAGUGAAUUCAUCUAUAAAACCGUGACGUACGUUCUUUCCGAGCGUGAGAAAUCGGGUUUGCAUCGUAAUGAUCUUAUCGAUAUUCUGCUGGCUUUAAAACGCGAGGCAGCGGAAAAGGGUGAAAAUAUGACUAAGGAAUUGGAUUUUCUUGUGGCCCAAGCUGCUGUCUUUCAGACUGCGGGCUUUGAGACCAGCUCGUCUACAAUGAGCUUGACUCUUUACGAAUUAGCACUCAAUACUGAGUUGCAAGAUCGUUUACGCGAGGAGGUUAAGCAAUACUUCGGCGAUGAGGAUCACAUAAGUUAUGAGCGUAUUCAGGAAAUGCCUUAUCUAACACAGGUUGUCAAUGAGACGCUACGAAAGUAUCCCAUUGUGGGAUAUGCUGAACGGGAAUGCUCUCAGCCUGAGUCGGGCGAAAAGUUUACACUGGAACCUUACUACGAUUUCGAGGUGCCAAGUGGAAUGCCCUUCUAUAUUUCCACACUGGCUAUUCAUCGCGAUGAGAAGUACUGGCCGGAUCCUGAGAAAUAUGAUCCCGAACGUUUUGCUCCGGAGAAUCGCCAUAAUAUCAAUAUGGAUGCCUAUAUGCCUUUUGGCAUUGGUCCACGCAAUUGCAUUGGCAUGAGACUUGGUUUACUGCAGUCUAAACUGGGUCUAGUUCAUUUAUUCCGCAAUCAUCGCGUAAUCCAAUGCGAUAAGACAAUCAAGUCCAUCAACUUUUCAGCAAAGUGUCCAGUUAUGGCAUCCGAUGUCGACAUUUAUUUGCAAUUGAUACGUGAUUGAAAGGCUAUUCACUUUGUGGCAUUAGAGGCAUAUGUUUAGAUCGUAUAUAGUUUGAAAUCAGCCGAACGCAAUUUAUUAGAUUUAUUAAUAAUUUACUCUAUUAGU